CUCAAGCAAGGUACCAGUCUUAAAAAUGAAAAAUUUAACCCUACCCGACUUUGUAUCCGAAAGUUCUUCCCAAAGAAGAAAUGCUUUAUCUUUGAUCGCCCCACUCAUCGGAAGAAGCUAGGCCAACUUGAGACAAUGCAUGAUGAUGAGCUGGACCCCGAAUUCGUGCAACAAGCUGCUGACUUCUGUUCCUACAUCUUUAGCAAUUCCAAAGUCAAAACUCUUUCAGGAGGCAUCCAAGUCAAUGGACCCCGACUGGAGACUCUGAUCCUGACCUAUGUCAAUGCCAUCAGCAGUAGGGACCUGCCCUGCAUGGAGAAUGCCAUCAUGGCCUUGGCCCAGAUAGAGAACUCAGCUGCAGUGAAAAAGGCCAUUGCUCACUAUGACUGGCAGAUGAGUGAGAAGGUUCAGCUGCCCACAGAAACCCUCCAAGAGCUCCUGGACCUGCACAUGGCCAGUGAGAAAGAGGCCAUUGAAGUCUUCAUGAAGAAUUCCUUCAAGGAUGUAGACCAUUUAUUUCAAAAGGAAUUAGCGGCCCAGUUAGCAAUAAAGCGAAAUGACUUUUAUAAAGAGAAUAUUAAAGCAUCAUCGGAUCGCUGCUCGGCUUUACUUAAGGAUAUCUUCCAUUCUUUAGAAGAAGAUAUAAAGCAGGAGAUUUUUUCUAAACCAGGAGGAUAUCGUCUCUUAAUGCAGACUAUACACGAGCUGAAGAAAAAGUAUAUCCAGGAACCCAGGAAGGGAAUACAGAGUGAAGAAGUUCUUCACACAUACCUGAGGUCCAAGGAGUCUGUGAUUGAUGCAAUUCUACAGACAGACCAGAAUCUCACAAAAAGGGAAAAGCUGAUUGAAGUGCAACGUGUGAAAGCUGAAUCUGCAGAGGCUGCAGCAAAAAUGCUGGAGGAAAUGCAGAAGAAGAAUCAGCAGAUGAUGGAGGAGGAAAAAAAGAGUUAUCAGGAAUAUGUGAAACAAUUGGCUGAGAAGAUGGAGCAGGAGAGGGCCGAGAUAAUGGCAGAGCAAGAGAAGGCUCUGUCUCUUAAACUUCAGGAACAGGCCAUGUUACAAAAGGAAGGAUUCCAAGAUGAGAGCAGACAACUUCAGAGAGAAAUAGAGAAUCUCAAGAAUAACAUGGCAAGAAGCAGGAAGAAAUGUAUCUUAAUCUAAAGACCUAAAGGAAAGAGAUUCCCUGGUCAGUCUACUCAAGGCAUUACUCAAGCAGUUUUAGAAUUUGGAAAAAGUCACAACUUGAGAAAAAGUGACCCUCUUUAAGCUGAUAAAAGAAAUCUACAAAAACCCCUUCACCUAACAUACUUAAUGAUAAUAAAUGGAAUGCUUUGCCCUUAACUCAGGAAUAAAGCAAGGAUGUGCAGUCUCUCCACUCCUGUUAAACAGUAUAAUGAAAGGCUUCCUACAAUAUGGGAAGGAAGGAAGGAAGAAAGGAAGGAAGGA